AACCCGACACGUCAUGCAAACAGCGACCUCUGUCAAACGUGCGGGCGGCUCUCUUCGUUAAUUUGGGACCUUUUCAGCUCAGAGUCCAAUUGAUCCGUGUCAUUUUCAGUUAUUGGGCUAUCAUUGAGGUUUUUGCAGAAUGCAGGGGGCACAGCAGCUCAUGAAAGUGUUCGUGACCAGGCGUAUUCCACAGGAAGGGAUGAAAAUACUUAAACAAGCUGGAAUCUGUAACCUCUCCGUGUGGGACUCUGACGAGCCAGUGCCACGCGCUGAACUUCUGAAGAGCGUGUCCGGUGCACACGGCCUCGUCUGUCUCCUCUCUGACCGGAUUGAUGCUGAGGUUCUUGACGCUGCGGGCCCCAACUUAAAGGUGAUCAGCACCAUGUCAGUGGGAUUUGAUCAUCUGUCUAUGGAUGAGAUCAAGAAACGUGGGAUACGAAUUGGCUACACUCCAGAUGUUCUAACUGAUGCCACAGCAGAACUCACCGUUGCUCUGCUCCUGGCUACUGCCCGCCGUUUGCCAGAGGGUGUACAGGAGGUCAAAAGUGGAGGCUGGAGCACCUGGAAACCUCUGUGGCUGUGUGGAUAUGGUCUAUCUGGCUCAACAGUGGGCGUCAUUGGACUAGGGCGCAUAGGCCUGGCCAUUGCCCGACGUCUGAUGCCCUUUGGGGUGAAGAGGCUGCUGUACACUGGCAGAGGGACCAAGCCAGGGGCGAAAGAGGUGGAGGGGGAAUUUGUGCCUUUGGACACACUCGUGUCUGAGAGUGAUUUCAUCGUCGUCUCAUGUGCCCUUACUCCGGACACGCAAGGCAUGUGUAACAAAGCCUUUUUCAGUAAGAUGAAGAACACUGGAGUCUUCAUCAACACCAGCAGAGGUGCAGUGGUGAAUCAGGAGGACCUUCAUGAGGCUCUGUCCAGUGGGCAGAUUGCUGCAGCUGGUCUGGAUGUCACCACACCUGAGCCAUUACCCACUGAUCACCCCUUACUGACCCUUAACAACUGUGUGGUCCUGCCUCACAUUGGGAGUGCCACUUACGCCACUCGUGGCAUCAUGGCAGAACUGACUGCCAACAACCUACUGGCAGGGCUCACAGGUGCCGCCAUGCCCACCGAACUGAAGCUGUAGUGCCUGGUCCUUUCCCUUCAUCAGGGCACAAGCCAGUCAAAGCAGUGCCAUCUCUUUGCUCAGGCAAACUGUGUCUUAUCAGCUCAUUACGUAGGACCUGGAUGCUAAGGUCUGUUUAGAACAUGUCUUUUGGAAAGAUAGUAAUUUCAUUUUUAAUGAAAUAUUGAACUAAUAUAUUAAAUAAACACUUAAUGACUAAAGCAAGCAAUGUUUCACAUAGCCAAUAUUAUGAAUCUAAAUAAUGAUGGAUCUUGUGGGGCGUAUGUGCCUUAAUAGUAUAGUGUAGUUGCACGUAGUGCAAGUUGUGGUGAUUUCUCAAAUAGUUGAAGGUCUAUAUAAGACAUUUCUAACGAAGCACUUCCUUACAUGUGAAUUUGUGUUCCUGCUCUGAUGGGAGCAUGUGCAUAAGAGCCACUCACAGUGGACUACUGGGAACAACUGAGUUUCAAUUAUUGCUUGAAGAACUUGAUUACUGAUAUGGCAGCAGCAUCCAUAGCACUCCUUGUGCCGGUGUUCACUCCUUUUUGCAUGUAGAACUUAAAUAAAAGCAUUUAAAAACA